ACCCGGGACCCCCGAACCGGCCCCGGGACCCCCGAACCCCGCCAUGGACCCGGACCCGGAGUCGGACCCGAGUCCCGGAGCCGCCACCGACCCGGCACCGGCACCGGCACCGGCAGCGGCAGCGGCAGCGGGGGGGAAGCGGCGGCGGUUCACGGUUCGGCAGGAGGGUCCCGACGAACCCCCGGUCCCGUCGCUGUUCAGAGCCUCUGCCGCGCCCCCCCCGGGCCCGGUGCCGGGUCCGGGUCGGUUCCGAUCCCGCCCGGUCCCGGUUCUUACGCUGAGUUCGUGGUGAGGGGCUCGGGGGGAACCGGGAAGGAUCGGGACCAGAACCGGGACCGGGGUCGGGAUCAGAACCGGGACCGGGAUCAGAACCGGGAUCGGGAUCGGGAUCAGAGCCGGGAUCAGAACCGGGACCGGGAUCGAACGGAUCGGGAUCAGAACCGGGAUCAGAACCGGGAUCCCGGACCCACCGGAACCGCCCCCUCGGGACCCCUCCCGGGACCUUCGGGACCCCUCGCGACCCCCGGGGACUGGGAGCAGAACCAGAACCGGGACCAGAACCGGGAUCGGGAUCAGAACCGGGACCAGCCCUGGGAUCACAACCGGGACCAGAACCGGGACCAGAACCGGGACCGGGACCAGGAGCGGGCGGUGCCGGCCCUGCCCGCGCUCAAACCGGGCACCAAGAGCAGCAGCAUCAUCGUCAGCCCGAGACAGCGCGGCAAUCCCGUGCUCCGGUUCAUCCGCAACGUGCCCUGGGAGUUCGGGGACGUCGGGCCCGACUUCGUCCUGGGCACCUCCAGCUGCGCCCUCUUCCUCAGCCUCAGGUACCACCACCUGCACCCCGGCUACAUCCACGAGCGGCUGCGGGCGCUGGGGCGGAGCUCCGGCCUGCAGGUGCUGCUGCUGCAGGUGGACGUGCGUGACCCCCAGCAGUCCCUCAAGGACAUGGCCAAGGUUUGUCUGCUCACGGACUGCACCCCACUGGCCUGGAGCCCGGAGGAGGCCGGCCGUUACCUGGAGACCUUCAAGUCCUACGAGCAGAAGCCGCCGGACCUGCUGAAGGAGCGCGUGGAGCAGGACUUCCUGUCCCGGGUGACCGACUGCCUGACCAGCGUCAAAUCCGUCAACAGGACGGACGCCCUGAGCCUGCUGGGGACGUUCGGGGUGAGCGGUGGCACUUGGGGACAUCGGGGGGGGGGGGACAUCGGGGGGAUGUGA